UUGCCCCGCCUGGGAGGGGGCAGGCGGCUAGUCCAGCGGGGUGUCCCGUGCUAGGACCCGUCAUGCUCCCCGCUGACUGGCUGGGGGCAGCAGAGGCCACUGGGCCAACCCCCUCCCCUCCUUGCAACGGACAUGGGGCGUCGUGUGCCCCCCUCCCCCCCCGACACCUGUCUGGAUAAGCGAUAUGGCAACAGCCUCGCUUUCGAUCGGCCUCUCUACCCCUCCUCCGGCCCCUGUGCAUCUUCCUCGAAAAUGUUUGUGUACUUAUGGGGAUACCUGUAUAGUAACUUCUUCCGGUUUUGGCUGAAAUGGAUCUUGAGGCAGCUCACUGGAAAAUGUGAAUUACAGCGUAUCUUUGGUGGUUCAAAGGAAGGUUCACAACGGACGUUGAAGAUAGAAUACUCAUUGGGAUUAUCAAAGAGUAAGGUGUUAAGAAAUGCUGUACAUGUUAGUGAAGCUGAAGUGGAAAAAUGUGUCCUGGGUAUAAUGAAAGAAAAGAAGAUUAAUAUACAGAAGGAUACAGGUUUUAAGACAAGCCUGCAGGUAUGUUUGCUGCAGAUAUCUGGUUAUAAGAAACUUUAUUUGGAGGUGGAAAAUCUGAGGAAAGUUCCAUAUGAUUCAGAUAACGAAGAACAUGAAAAGCUACUAAUUCAGCUUUGGAAUUUGCUGAUGCCUCAUGAAAAUCUGAAGGCUAGAAUCACCAAGCAGUGGUGUGACAUUGGUUUCCAAGGUGAUGAUCCCAAAACAGACUUCAGAGGAAUGGGCAUGCUGGGAUUAGUCAAUCUGGUGUAUUUUAGUAAACAUUACACCAGUGAAGCUCGACAGGUCCUCUCUCGUUCAAAUCAUACAAAAUUGGGAUAUUCCUAUGCAAUAGUUGGGAUCAAUUUGACAGAAAUGGCUUAUAGUUUACUGAAGAGUGGCGCUUUAAAGUCUCAUCUCUACAACUUGGUCCCUGGAUUGCCACAAAUGGAACACUUCCAUCAGUUUUAUUUAGGUUUAGAUGUCCACCUAAUAAGCAGGGAGCACCACCAGCAAGAAGCCUACUUCUUCUGCUACCCCCAGCUGCUGGGAAUUUCAUAAUGGUGACCAUUAAAAUGGUAGCUGAGCACCUAUACUCAAGGUCCCAAGAUUCUUGUCCUGGUUUGGGGCACCAUCUUUUGUUUAGUCUGUGGCUGUUAAGUGUCUUGUAAGUUUAGAAAUUCCCAUAAAUAAUGUUCAGGUGGAGGGUCAGAUCUCUCGGGUUCUGCCUUCUUCCCCCCCCCCACCUCCUGGCUGCUAAGGAAUGAGCUCUUCAUGAUUCUACUUCGCCCCCAGUUUCCAUAUAGUUUCUCCACCUUAAAUAACUCUAUUGCUUACCUUGUUGCUGCUGCUCAUAACUUUCCUUAGGAAUAACAGCAUGAAAUUGAUACGAUGUUUGAGGACAAGAGCUUGCUGAACAGAAUCAGUGAAACUGGCCAUACGGUUGUUAAUUUCACUGUGCUGCUGUUUGGCAAAGAUACAAGCAGCAACACUAACACAGGAGCUGGAGCCAACUGGCUGCAGAGCUGGCAAUCUAGUUUUGUCAUCCUUACAUUUGGAAGAUUAUUUUUGCAACUGUAAAGCCUAGAAAUGUAACUAGAAAAAAGACUUAACCCUAUAAUUCUACAGAAAUUGGUAUGUUAAGCUCCUUUAAUCCCAGGAAGACCUUCCUGCUUGCCAUUGGCGAAAGGGUUUUUCAAACCCUGUCCUAUGCAAUUUCAGAUUUCAUAUAGGACAAAAGAAAUCUGAGCUAAGGCAUCUUGGGAUAGAGCCUAGACCAGGGAUUCUCAAACUUCCUUGCAACGCGACCCCUUCUGCCAACAAAAAUUACUACAUAACCCCAGAAAGGGGGACUGAAGUCUGAGCCUGCCGGAGCCCCAGCACCCUGGACAGGAGGCGGGGAGAGCAAAGUCCAAGCCCCACUAUCCCAGGCAGGGGCCCUGUAACCUGAGCCCUGCCAUCCAGGGCUGAAGUCGAAGCCCAAACCCCACUCUCCAGGGCUGAAGUCUUUGGGAUUCAGCCUUUCGGGGUGCGGUUUGGGCUUGGGCCCCAUGCCCCAGCAAGUCUAAACACCAGCUCUGGCAACCCCAUUAAAACGGGGUUGCGACCCACUGUUUGAAAACCACUGGUCUAGACUGAGUUCAGUCAAAGGUUUGUCAUCACUUUUCAUAAUCAAAACCAUGAGCUGAGAAUCAUGACAACACACAAAUUAAGAAUAAAGCUACCAUCAUUAAACACGGAAAAGCUAUGUAGUCAAAUGUAUGGAUGUUAGGUCACAUGUAAUAAUUGUUUAAACUGAGUGUAUUCUAUAUUUUUCUAGUUCCCACUGUAUUGUUUCCUGAACAUUUAAAAACCUAGAAUUUGUAUGUAGUUUUGUAAUAUUAAGUACAUAUUUUGCAUGUAGCAGGUUAAUUGUAUGUACUGGUAACUAGCUAGGCUAGAGUGUAAAAACAGAGCAAAAUUUGUGUGUGGGGUGGGUAUUUGCCAGAGGCAAAAUUGUCUUGCAAAGUCUAGUUAACAAGAUUUUAUAUUAACUAUUGAAUUCAUACUAUAUAAUGACAAUCCUAAUUUAACAGAUGAUAUAGACUGGGGCUGUGCAAAUGACCUGUUUAACUGGAUGUAGUCAGUUUGCAUAGCAUUGAAACUAAUUGUGAAUACUUGGUUACAAAGCAUCCCUAAAAUUAAAAUUUUGGUUAAAGUUUCUGUUGCUUUUAUAAUACUGUUUUAGAUACACCUCAAGUUUUACUAUAUGUAUUUGACCAUUCUUAGAAAUAACACAAAAUAAUUUUUCCAACUUUUCUCCCUUACAACAUAUUUAAGGCCAAACUUUACUUGAUAAUGUCCCUUAAAGUAACCUUUUGCAAAAAGCCAAUUUUUUUCAAAUGAAAUUUAAGACCAACACAAGUGCUUCUAUUUUUAAAUUUUCCAUAGAACCUAUUUAACAAACUUGCCACUACAUUUUUAAACAUGGUGUUACUCCAUGAGAAAAUUAAACUGAAAUUAACUAGAAGCUCACCAACAAAGAAAGGUGAAAAAUCUUCCUAUGGGGUAAGAAAUUAAAAAGUAAACAAUUUAAUUGGGGAAGACACACACAAGCUAUUUUAAGUCUGCUUUAAUAGCCUACGGUGGUGGUAACACUAAGGAUAUCUAUUUUUAAAAGUGCAUUUUAAGGUUGCUUAUUCCACUUAAAAUGUCAGUGUUGAAAGAUGGGAUCAGUUGCAGAACAUUUGUGCAGACUUACCAUUUUAAACUGGAAUUGCUAGGUAGAAAAAUGAAGACAUACCUUAAUGAAAAAAGUUUCUAUGCUACUGCUGUUUCUGAUAAACCAAUAUGGAGGAUCAUUGGGAUGUACACUGCUCAAGCACACUAGAGGAACAAGCUAAUGUAAUAUUUCCAUGCACUGGCAUGCUUGGUUUUCAGUCUCUGAACAAAUGAGCAGUUCUCAAUUCUUCAUAUUACUCCAGCUCUUGCCUAAUUGAAGAAGUCUGUUUUCAAUAAAUGUUCUAUAAAACAUGAGUAUAAACUUUUGUUAAGAUGUAUUGUGAUGUGAGAACGUUUUCUGUUUUAGUUGGAGGAAGUUUGCAUCCUGUACCACUGAAAAUAUUGUUAAUGUGUGAUGAAAAUGUAGUUCUUUUUUCACAUUAUAGUCACAUUCUUAUGGUGCUAUAAUAUAGCCUGAAAUGGCAUUUCAUGUCCUGCGAAUUUAUGGCACUGUCUGUUACUGGAAGCAGUAGACAGUAGGAAAGUUGGGCAGUAACUUGUCAAUACUGUGCAAUGAGAUAACUCUAUACUAAUAGAAAUGUCAACAUUUGCCCCACUAUAAAGCAAUAAUGUAAACUCUGAUGUCAGUAUGUUGGGCACAAUGAUAAUAAAUAAAGAACAAAACCUCCAGACA